GUCACUUUCAUUUCUACAAAAUAGCAACCAACUGUUUCCUCUGAACACCGUGGUGCUUAAAGUUGUACCCGGAAGUUCUGUCCGUAGACCCCAGUGGAUUUACGCAUGCUCAGAUAACAGUCCUGCUGUGUGAAUUGAAUGGUAGGAGAUAUCGGAGAGUUGAGUAUUGACUCCCAGCUAUUGAGAAAUCAUGACCCUUUACUUUAGUCUUUGGAAUCGCCAAGUUAGCAGUAACUGUUAGCUAAGCUAAAGCUAGCACAGCUCUGUCUUAGAUUGUGUGUUGUUUACCGCCGGCGUUGACACCCAAGUGCCUGAAGAAAUGCAGAGAAUAAGGACAUUGAAAACUGGCUGGCAACUACUGAAGUCCAGCUGUGAGGGAGCCGCAAAACAAGUCAACACCCCGCUGGCAAUCUCACGAAGUUAUAGCCAUCGCCCUCCUGAGGGCCCCAACUCCUUCGGGCUCCUCUUUGACAUUGAUGGGGUUCUGGUCCGGGGCAGGACACUGAUCCCAGCAGCCAAGCAGUGCUUCAGGAACCUGGUGGACCGCAAUGGGAAAUACAAGGUGCCUGUAGUGUUUGUCACUAAUGCUGGGAACUGCAUGAGGCAGACCAAAGCUGAGCAUCUGUCACACCUGUUAGAUGUGGAGGUGUCUCCAGAUCAGGUCAUGCUGUCCCACAGUCCUUUGCGCAUGUUUACCCAGUUCCACAAAAUGCGUGUGCUGGUGUCAGGACAGGGUCCUGUGGAGGAGGUGGCUCACAACUUGGGCUUUCAGGAUGUUGUUACAAUAGACAUGCUUAGAGAAGCCUAUCCACUUCUAGACAUGGUAGAUCACAACAGACGGCCCAAAGACAGUAUUCCUCCCACCAAAGGCUUACCACCAAUCGACGCUGUUAUUUUAUUUGGAGAGCCAAUCAGAUGGGAGACUAACCUCCAGCUGAUAGUUGACGUUCUCCUGACAAACGGGAACCCCGAAAAUAAUUGGAGUUCGGGGCAGUACCCCCACAUCCCCGUUCUGGCCUGUAACAUGGACCUGCUGUGGAUGGCUGAGGCCAAGAACCCCAGGUUUGGUCAUGGUAUGUUUCUGGUGUGCUUGGAGAGUCUCUACAAAAAGAUAACAGGUAAUGAUCUGAAGUACGAGGCUCUGAUCGGUAAACCCAGUGUGGUGACUUAUAACUACGCUGAGCUGCUCAUCAGACAGCAGGCUGAGGGACUCGGCUGGACUACGCCUGUGAAGAGGCUGUAUGCUAUAGGUGAUAACCCCAUGGCUGACAUAUACGGUGCAAACCUCUACAACCACUACCUCCAAGCUUCUCGUCGCACCAAGGCACAGAUGCAGGCUAAAGCAGGAGGAGCAGAACCUGUAGAUGACACCCCGAAAUUGACGUCAACAGAAUUAGGUGGAGCAUCUGGUGCGUAUGGAGUGGAAGAAGACCUCCCUGAGGGGUGCAGCUCCAUCUUGGUGUGCACAGGAGUGUACAGCAAAGACCAACAGGAACUGCCCCCGGAUCCAACGCACACUGUCACAGAGCAACGCAUCUUUCACGGGCACCGGGACUUCCGCUUUGACCCCACCCUCACGCAGCCAUCCUUUGAGGUCCAUGAUGUAAAGGAGGCAGUGGAGCUGGUCUUUGAGCAGGAGGGCUGGCCUCUGAGUUAGGAAAACUGUUUUGGGUCUGACUUAAACUCACAGCUUUCUGGUCAUAGCUCUUAACAGCCCUGAACUAGUAGUGCCAGUGCUUUUAUUUGUUUUGUUUUGUUCGGAUUAUCACAGGGUAGAUGUAGCUGUUACUGUGGCCAUUUUGAUGAGAUUUUAUGAAGUGCCAUAGAAGAUAAAAGCAGCAAAAUGCAGCUUUAACACUACAUAUAAAAAAGUUUCACACAAUUUAAGUUGGUCAUGCAUGUGAGUGUGUCGCAAACUACAGCCGUUUCUUGUUUUUGUCUUUUCUUUCCUUUGAUUGUCUUGUAACACAACGUUAGGAAUCAAGUCUGUGUUCAGUUACAUGCAUUUUACUUCACUCUGUUUCAAACCAUGUCUGUACAUUCAUGGAUGAGAGUCUAAACAAAGUUGAGACACAGUUACACCUAAAGCAGGCUGACUUUCAUAUUGACCAUAUUGUUAUUGACCCACUUUUUGGCCCUUGUUAGAGCAGUUCAUCCAUUUGCUUUUACUGCUGUCAUUUCAGAUUUUUGUGUUCAAGCGAGGAUUAACGCAUAACCACUAUUGCUGACGCUAUAUGUUGCCUGGUUUAACUUGAGUACCUCUUCAGUUUGUAUUUUAUCUUGAAUCAGGAGUAGUCUUUUUUAGGAUUGUUUUUUGAAACUGACAAAAUUAUACAAAGUAUUCAAGUUUCAACAGAAAAGAUAUAGAUGCUAUUUUUAUUGGAUGGGUUUUAGCUCUGGAAGUCUUUUAAAUGUCUGUCUGUAGGUGGGAGAUAAUAAACAUGGAAGAACAGUUGCAGCACAAGGGUUAAUUGCAAACAUUGUUGUUUUUUUGUAUUUUCAUAGAAAGGUUUAACAAUGUCCAAAUAGCAAUGGACUUAAAAUACAGGUUCAUACUGUGGACCUCUGCUAAAGCUCUGUAAAAGCCAUACUAUAUGACAGAACAUUAAAAAGGAUGGCAGACACAAA